ACGGCGGCCGUGUGAGCCAAAGACGCGCGGGUCGGAGCUGGUUGCGCACUCCUCUCCUUCAGGGCUCGCAUUCGGCUUGCUCAGGACUGAAGUGCUCAUGACGGAGCUAUAAGGAGGAGAAAAUCUGUCGCGGGUGAACCCAGUCCGUCCCGGAAAUGCGAUGGCCGUGGAGCAGGCACGGGAGACCAGACAGGUGGAAGUCACCGCAGAGGGUUCAACCCGCGUGUAGGGUGGUCUUCGUCCCGACCUAGUCGGGCCAGGAUCUCCAAAAUGUUGAGCCCAACCUUACUUAAUAAGACAUUUGUCUCGUGAGUGGCGACCCCAGACCGUCCUGCACCACGGCACGGGCGGGAAACAGAGGCACCCGCAGGCGCAACAGCUGAGUGGGAAUCCGUUGCGCGCAUGUCAUACCCAUAAAUCGCAGGUUGAGUUUCAAACCAACCUAGAUUCUCCUUGAGAUAAAGAGUUCUGGAUGUCAACAGUGAAAAUGCCAAACUCCAAGUUAAUACUCUGUCAGCCAAAGGCAUGACAGUUCAGGAACACACGGACUUGUUGCGCAUAGAAAUGUGUGCACAGAAAAAGAGAAUCUCUAGUUCUUUAGAAGAAAGAAGGCAUCCAAAAUGGGCACAUUCUGCUCAGUGAUCAAGUUUGAAAAUCUUCAAGAACUAAAGAGACUGUGUCACUGGGGUCCCAUAAUAGCCCUUGGUGUUAUAGCAAUAUGCUCCACAAUGGCCAUGAUUGACUCUGUCUUGUGGUAUUGGCCCUUACACACAACUGGAGGAAGUGUGAAUUUCAUCAUGUUGAUAAAUUGGACUGUCAUGAUUCUUUACAAUUACUUCAAUGCCAUGUUUGCUGGUCCUGGCUUUGUCCCUCGGGGGUGGAAACCGGAAAAUCCUCAGGAUAGCAUGUAUCUCCAGUAUUGUAAAGUCUGCCAAGCAUACAAGGCACCUCGCUCACACCAUUGCAGGAAGUGUAACAGAUGUAUAAUGAAGAUGGACCACCACUGUCCCUGGAUCAACAACUGCUGUGGUCACCAGAACCAUGCUUCGUUCACACUGUUCCUCCUGCUAGUGCCUCUGGGCUGCAUCCAUGCUGCUUUUAUUUUUGUGAUGACUAUGUACACACAGCUUUAUAAUCGGCUCUCCUUUGGGUGGAACACAGUCAAGAUUGACAUGAGUGCAGCUCGGAGAGAUCCUCUUCCCAUUGUUCCCUUCGGAUUGGCUGCAUUUGCUGCCACCUUGUUUGCCUUGGGAUUAGCACUGGGGACCACCAUCGCUGUUGGGAUGUUGUUUUUCAUACAGAUAAAAAUUAUUCUCAGAAACAAAACUUCUAUUGAAUCAUGGAUUGAAGAGAAGGCUAAAGAUCGCAUUCAGUAUUACCAACUAGAUGAAGUCUUUGUUUUUCCUUAUGACAUGGGAAGUAAAUGGAAGAACUUUAAACAGGUAUUUACAUGGUCAGGAGUCCCUGAAGGAGAUGGACUGGAGUGGCCAGUAAGAGAAGGCUGUGACCAGUAUAGCCUAACAAGAGAACAGUUGAAACAAAAAGCAGACAAGAGAGUCCGAAGUGUUCGCUAUAAAGUCAUAGAAGAUUAUAGUGGUGCCUGUUGUCCUUUGAAUAGAGGAAUUAAAACCUUCUUCACAAGCCCCUGCACAGAGGAGCCUCGGAUACAGCUGCAGAAAGGGGAACUCAUUUUAGCAACAAGAGGAUUAAGAUACUGGUUGUAUGGAGACAAAAUUCUCGAUGAUUCCUUCAUAGAAGGUACUUCAAGAAUAAGAGGGUGGUUCCCUAGAAACUGUGUGGAAAAGUGUCCCUGUGAUGGUGAAUCAGAUCCAGCCCCAGAGGGUGAGAAGAAGAACAGAUAGCCACUGUUAAAGUGAAAUCAUUAAGUCUUCAUUACUUGAAAAAUCACACAUAUUACCCAAGAAUUAUGCAACAAGCCUAUUCUGCUUAAGGUAUUCUUUUCCUCAAAGAUGCUCUAGUGCCAUGGUUUCAAUAUCUUGAUUACCAUUGAAACAGAAGCCACUCUGCAUACGCCUUUGAAUUCCUGCUGUGUUUCCACUUCUUCCUACUGAAGGAAGGAAGUCGUUCCAGCCAACUGAGCAAAUUGCACUUUCUCCAGGGUUUCUGUGUGCUGUACAUCUGACUUCACCUGCAGAUCUAGUUCCCCUUGGCCAGGGUUGCCUGCAUGUGGUUGUUCUGUUUCUUCCUCAAUCGACAUUUCUUUCAUAAUCUAGAGACUAUAAAACUUGUCAGAUUCAAAAUAAACUCAAAUUUUGUUACUUUUAAUAAUGCAGAUUUUGUCAAAUCCAAUAAAGGUCAAUGGAUGUUCUGUAAAAAUUACA